AUGGACGAGUUUUGCAAGGCUGUCGCGGAUGGCGACAUCUCUAGCAUGAACGCGUUCAUGGACGAAGAUGAUUUCGACAUAGACGCCAAGGAUGGAGCCGGCCUUGCGGCGCUGCACCAUGCCGCGAUGGCGGGGGAGGCGGCUGGGGGCAGCCUGCUCGUAGAGUGCAGCGCCGACGUCAACGUUGUGGGGAACACCGCGCUGCACGAGGCGGCGGCGAGCAAAGCUCAGGACGUGGCCUGGCUCAUCGUGGAGAACGGUGGCGACCAGUGCAUGAAAGUGGAGAACAACGAGGGCAAGACCCCGCUGGACAUUGCCACGGAGGCCGGAGCCGACGAGGAGAUGCUGGCCAUGCUCCAGAAAGCGCUGGACGACGUGUCCUGA